AUGGCUGCAAAAACGGUUCCGACAGUUACUACAAGAUCGAUUAAGAAUUCAUCGACUGGUAUCGAUAUGCAUGUCCUAGAUGCAGUCACAACACACUCUAAUGGGUCGAUUCUAUAUCAAAUUGUUGUCGUAACCAACCUUGCAGAACAUAAAGGUUCCAACUUCAUACAGGACGAUGUUGUGCAUUUUGUGGUAAAGCAUGAUUACGGUGCUUUCGAAGGAUUUUAUAGCAAAUUAUCAGAAAGUUACCCCGCAUCGAUACUACCUCCGUUACCAGGGAAAGCAUUCAUAGCAACUGAAAGCACUAUCAAAAAGCGAAAAAGAAUGCUAAACGCGUUGAUGGAGUUUAUUGCAUCCUCAUCCAAAUUAUCCAACUGUGAAAUCGUUCAACAAUUUUUAGGUGUCAAAGACAAACGUCAGACAGUGGCUACAAGUCGACCCGUGGAUGCAACUGAUAAUCAUCCAUUAAGUCAAAAUUUUGAAGCUGAUGAUAAUAAGACCGAGAUCAAAGAAGAUUCAGACGAAAACAAGCGCGACGACGACAACGAUGAUCUAUUCGGCAGUAGUAGCACUAAGAUAAGAUCUGGUGGUAAUUUUUCGGUCGAUAAAGGGCAAGAUACAAACUUUGGUAAUUACGAUACAAGAAAAGAUACAGGAGAUCUAUUUGCACCAACAUCUGAACAUUCAGAGCAGGCACAAGACCAAUCAGAAGAAACAACAGUUGUUUUAGAGUAA